AUGAGCCCGUUCCGCGGCGGCGAUGCGUCGGACGCGGAGCGCGGCGAUACGUCGAUAGAAGAGCCCUACUCGCCACUUCCGCGGACCGCGAGCGGACUGCUCCACGAGCCGCCGAGCGAACGGGGGGGGCUCCCGAGCACAGUGAGCUACAGCGCACUGCCUACACAAAAGCCGGCGCUGCCGCGCGCAUCGUUCGGCGAGUCCAGCGACACGUACGCGGCACGGUGGGACUCGCCCCGCGCCUUAUACCAGCCAGACACGUCGCUGGCAUCCAAUCCUUCGCCGCUCGCGCGGCGGGGGCAGGCGGCCGAUUUCCACGCGGGGUCGUACGAGACACCGACGAAGCGCACGCCCAAUACGUCGAUCGGAUCCGUGUCGCCGUUCGCCCCGCCAAGCACCGGCCGGAAGCACCGGCCGAUCUACUUUGGCGCGGGCACGUCGCCCCGGACGACCAAACCAUACUCGCCGCUGCGCUCGAGCAUGACGGCCUCGCGCUCGCUCAAUGCGCUUGCUGCACCAGAGGAGCCGAAGCGCCGCAAGACGGAGGCCUCGCCGAGCGCCGCCUUGCCGGUCCACUUUGAAAAGCCGAGCGCGCCGAGCGCGCCGAGUGCGCAGGUCGACGAGCCCUCCCGCAAGCGCCCGGCAGAGUCCGCACCGGAGAAAGAGGCGCCGCCGCCGACGCGCGCGGCGUCGACCAUGCUCUCGGUCCUCGAGACGUCCGAGCCGCUGCCGCCCGCGCCUGUGCCCGAGAUUGUGAAUCCGUACCAGACCCGACAGUCGACACGGUCGCCACGCGCAGCGACGCCGCGCUCGACGCGGGCCAAGGCGCUCGAGGCGGCGCGCAAGCGCGCGUCGACGACGCCCCGCGAUGCGGACGCGCCGCCCAAAGUCUCGCUUCUGGACAUGGUCGAGCGCACGGCGCCGGCGUCGUCGCCCGAGCGCCGCCGCUCCAAGCGCCUCCAGAAUACAGAGGAGGACAAGGGCGAAGAGGAUGCGCUGGAGGUGCCCAAGACCUGGCAGAUGAACAAGCCCAAGCGCCCGUCGCCACUCGCAAUGGGCGUCGGAAAAGAAAAGGAGGCCCAGGACGAGGCAAGCAAGCCGAAAGAGGACAAGGAAGAGAAGGAGGCUCCGAAGGAGACCGCCGAAAAGGAGGCCGGCGACAAGCGCAAGGUCACUUUCGAGGCGCCGCUGCCCGCCAAGGACGCUGUCGCGAAGCCGUCGUCCAACGACGCCGGGGCUCCUGCUCCCGAGCCAAAGCGCUCGGUGUUUGCGCCGCCCAAGGCCGAAAUGCCCAAGGGCAUCCCGCCGAAGAGCUUUGCCCCGUUUACAAACACCGGCUUCCCGUUGAGCGCUGCGCCUACCGAGUCCGCUAGUCCUCUUGCUUUGAGCCACCACGACAACAGCAAUAUCAGCGGCACGUCGCCGCACUCGCUGUACCGGUCCCCGUCGGCACCGAGCCUGCCGACGUCCGCUGGCGGAUUCGCACCGCACCUUACGGCGCCGGCGCCGGUGCCGUUUGUGUCGGCACCUCCGGUGCCUGCUGUGCAGAUCAAGGCGCCCGAGCCGACGGUUGUCAAGGAGCCGCUGCCCGAAUACCUGCAGGGCGUACCGACCUGGUCGAUUGUGCAGCCGCCCUGGAAACAUACCAAGGACACGUCGUCCGAGGCGGCGCGCCGUGCCUCGCAAGUCCCGUAUGAGGACCUUCCUACCUUUUCCUUUACGAUUCCCCAGACGACGGUCCACGGCGCAGACGCAAGCCCGCCCAACUCGGGCUCAAUGCCGUACGCCGUGUUUGGCUCGCAGUCGUCCGCCAAGCCGCACGAGCAAAAGGAGCAGGCGAUGGGCACCGGCCGCUCGCCUAUCGCGCCAUCGCCGGGCUUUUCGUUCUCCCAGCCGACUAAACUGAGCACGUCCAAGGCCGACGCCGAGAUGCCGCCGACGUCGGCGUCGGCGUUUAGCAAGCCGUACGAGACGCCUUCGUUUGGGGGACUGGCCGCCAACUUUUCGUUUGGCAAGCCCGAGGCAGCGCCGGCCAAGGAGAGCAGCGAGCAACCGAGCAGCUUUUCGUUCGGUAAGCCGGCAGAGCCUGCGCAGGAGAAGCCGAGUAGCUUUUCGUUCGGUAAGCCUGCCGAGGCCCAGGAGAAGCCCAGUGGCUUUGCUUUUAGCAAGCCCGCCGAGGCCGCGGAAAAGCCGAGCGGGUUCGCGUUCGGCACGCCCGCCGAGUCAAAAGAAAAGCCCCCGGCCUCUUCUUUCGGCGCACCUGCUCAAUCCAUUGCAAAGCCUUCUGGCUUCUCGUUUGGCAAACCCGCCGACCAGGCCACCGACAAGCCGUCCGAGCCCGCGCAGGACAAACCCGCCUUUUCGUUCGGCAAGCCCGCGGACAAGCCCUCUGGUUUCUCGUUCGGGCAGUCUCAGGACAAGCCUGCCUUUUCGUUCGGCAGCGGCUCGGGCUUUUCGUUCGGCAAGCCAGCCGAUACCCAGCCCUCUCUGUCGUUCGGCAAGCCGCAGAGCCCGUCUCCGUCGGGCUUUGCAUUCGGCGGCGCCCCCAGCUUUGCCCACCAACCCGGCAGCGCAGAAGGCCCGCCCAAGUCGAGCGCCGGCCUGGCCUUUGGCAUGACGAAGGAGACGCCUAUGCUUGGCGAGCCUGUUCCUCUUGGCGGGCCGGCGUCAUCUGCACUAGCCGCCGAUGCGCCUGCCACGUCCGAUGCGCCUGCCACGUCCGAUGCGCCUGCCACGUCCGAUGCGCCUGCCACGUCCGAUGCGCCUGCCACGUCUGACGCGCCUGCGCCGUCGGGCGACAGUGCGCUGACUUCGGCCGGUGAAGGCGAGGAAGGCGAAGAGACGCUGCACGAGGUGCGUGCCAAGAUCUGGAAGCUAGAGGAAGGCAAAUGGCAGGAUCUCGGCAUCACGCUCUUUCGCAUCAAGAAGAAUGAAGAGACGAGUAAAGUCCGCGUCCUUGCCCGCAAUGCUGUCAAUGGCAAUGUCGUGUUGAACUUUUUGCUAUACAGCGGCUUCAAGGUGACAGGCGACAAGAGCGUCCUCUCGUUUGUCGGCAUGAUUGAUGCGAAGCCUUGCAGCCUGCGCUGCAAGGUCAAGACGAUCGAUGCGGCAAACGCGUUGAGGGAUGCAUUGAUGAGCAACACAAACUCGGCCUAG